AUGAAUGCUGGAAGCAGUAGAAGUCAUUGCAUCUACAUGUUUACUAUUCAGAAAGAAGUAACAAAUGAGAAAAGGGUGAGACGUGGAAAGGUUGUUCUUGUGGAUUUGGCAGGAUCUGAGAAGGUUGAGAAGACAGGUGCUGAAGGGAAAGUUCUAGAAGAAGCCAAUCCCAUUAACAAAUCACUUUCUGUACGUGGAAAUGUGAUCAGUUCUUUUACUUCCAGUCCACAUGCCAAAUCAUUACACAUCCCUUUUCGUGAUUCCAAGCUCACUCGCCUCCUACAAGAUGCUCUUACCGACAUGAUGGAUCUACUGGGAUCUGACUUACCUGUUGAAAGCGAUGAAGGAAUGCAGUUUACUUGGUCUGAUGGCAUCCUGUUGCAGAGGUUAGCAGAUAACAGAAAGAGCAAUCAGGUGGAGUUGAAUGAACUCAUGAAGUUGUGUAAAUGGGAACGUAAUGAGUGGUUUAUGACAAUGGAAACAUCAAAAUGGACACGUGAGAAAUUUAAGAAGUUGAUUCAGAAGUAUAUUGAUGUUUUAAAGCAACCUGUGGUGCUUAUACUUACACAAGAAGCUGCUCGGAGUGGAAUAAAAACAAUAGCAGUUCAUACUUCUGCUUCAUUUAGUGAUUCUUUUGAGAAAUACAAGCAAGUUCUUGAUGUUUCUUGCAAUGAAACUCAGUUUAAAAAUAGAAGAGGUUCAUAUGGCCUUCCACUUGGAGAAAUAAAGUUGAUCUUGCAUUGGGAGAUAUACGUGUUGCAAAGUGUAUCAAGUCUGACUACCCAUGUGUCCCAUUGGAGGAAGCUCAAGAGUCCUUGA